GGCAUUGAUAUUCUGUUUAGAAAAAUAAUUUAUUGUUAAAACAAAGCCUUUGUGCACGUUUUACUCUCGAAGUGUUGGCAUUUGUUACUUAAAAGUAAACAAAGUCAACCCUAACCUCUCCUCUAUCUUAGACAUUAAAUUCUAGUACGUUCUAAAUUAUCGUGAUGAUAGUAUGGGCAUUGUUUUAACUGGAAUUCGUCACACCAUCAAUAAUGUGGGUUUUCGGCUAUGGCUCGCUUGUGUGGAAGGUUGAUUUUCCUUAUGUGAAACGUGUUACAGGUUAUAUUGAAGGUUAUGUUCGUCGAUUUUGGCAAUACAGCGUCGAUCACAGGGGUGUUCCAACCAAGCCGGGACGUGUCGUAACCCUGAUCAAAAGUGAAGAACCAGAUGCGCGGGUUUGGGGAGUCGCCUACGAGAUCUCGGAGGAGGACAGAGGCGCCGUCAUGAGACACCUGGACAUCCGCGAAAAGAACGGUUACGAGAAGCUGGACGUGUUGUUCCACCCCUCGCAGGGGAACCCCUUCCCGGUAGUGCUGUACGUCGGCACGGAGCAGAACGAGUGGUUCGCGGGGCCGAGCCCCGUGGAGGACAUUGCGCGCACCGUGGUGUCGGCGGCGGGCCCCAGCGGACCCAACAAGGACUACGUGUACCGGCUGGCGUCGGCCAUGCGGCUGAUCGCGCCCUCGGAGGACGACCCGCACUUGUUUGCGGUCGAAGAGGCGGUACGACGACUGGACGUCGACGCCCCGUCGUAGCUGCCGCUCCUCAGUACCUGCGUUUCCAAACAUGACUCUUUUUCCUGGAGUAGGAGAUAAAUUAUUUAUAGCGAGCGUUGUUAAUGCUUAAAUUACGCUUCAGCCAAGACCUCACUGAUAUAAUUGUUAGCGUGCCGAUGCUAGAGAGAAAUUUAAGUUGCAGUACACACAUUUUGCCGGGCAAGUAUUUUUGCCUUGGGGGUGUUUGAAGCUUCGAAAAAAGUGUCGGUCAAAUCAAAGUGUUUAUAUUGAAGGCCAAAGCAGAGAAGAUGGAUCAGUUUAAAAUAAUUUUUAUUUUAAUUAGGUUUCAUUGUGAACAAUUAUGUACAUUUAGUUGGCAAAUGAAACUGAUUUAACAUUAAAAAAAAUUCAGGGAGAUGGCAAAAUGGUGUAAAUCAUUGCAUAAGAACAAGACUAUAGUAGCUGUUGUGUAUAGUAGUAGCCAACAUGUUACACUAUCCUAAAUAAUUGCAUAAAAAAUCAUUUCUGAUAAAUAUUAUUUUCCAGUCCACGACAUUAAGAUAAUAGUACUUCGAAUAGUUUUCAGAUCCUUCAUAAAUUAUUAAUGUAACAUGCCAAACAAAAUUAUGAUUUAAGUAUUUUCAACCUGCUGACAAUAUAUUGGUCUGUGCAUUAACCCCGAUUUCUGCACAGAAAAAAAAAAAAUACCCACCACACACACCGCAAAAUUUUCAGGAAAAAAUGACUUAAAUAUCAUGUUAGUUCACUGUGGGCUGAUGUUACUACCUACUACCACCAGAUAUUUGGUUUAACGAACUAGUGUCAUUUCAUAAUGGCUACUUGAUCCUGUUGCUAGUUUUUACCGUGGAUAGAGACCUGAUAAAUUCAUGAUUGUGAUAAACUUGAGGGGGAGGGAAGACAAUUUUUGAUGCUUUGAAGUUGAAAUCCAAUUUUCAUAUAAUUUUUUUAAAUCCUUAAACUCCUUAAAAAACUAGGCUCUCAUUUUACCUUUUCACAUCUUUUCCGGCAAAUGCAUCUCAAAAAAGUAAGACCUUAAAGAAAGAAAAAAAUGCAUAACCUAAAAUGUUUUGCAAAUUUAAUUAUAAACAAAAAAUCUCUCUGCUCUCUAUUUUAGUAUUUGUUACCAUUUUAUUGACAAACCUCCAUAUGCCAUGAUGUAUGGCCGUUUUGUACUACUUCUGCUCUAAAUCCAAGUCCUUCCAACGCUGUCAGCUAUGGGAAGAGUUAGUUGAAAAUCUACAUGCUCUGCCUCUAAACUGUGUCAUGCCAUUUUACACUGCCUCCUAAACUGGCAGGGGUGUGAAAGAUGACACAUGAUAACACUGGAAUGCACGGGGAAGUGAGAGAAGAGACUGUGAUAAUGGAGUUUGUUGCAGUUUCCCCUCAAUAUUCCUUACUUUUGGUAUUUAUGGGCUCAAUUUCAGAAUCUUUUUUUUUUUUUCCAGUAGUGGUAACGCUCAAUUAUUUUUGUGACGUUUGUAAACAAAACCACACUUUCACGAAAAAAAUAAUCUCCCUUUUUCAGGUGUCUAACUAUGGCUAAUUCUUUAAGGCAAAAAUAUAAACUUUACUAAUUACACUAUUUGAUACACAGUGCUUAAUGAAGACAAAAAUUAACAAAACAAAUUAUAGUCUAAAAAUUUUUGAAACUAAGAUGGCAUUUUGGUUCUUAUUUCUCCCCAAAUUCAUUGUAAGCUAUGACAUACAUUUUUUGUGCGUUAUUACAUUGCGAUACAUUGGUCACAUUGAAAGAAUGCAUUUGUUUACCUCUCCUGUAUAAUAAAACUAUCACUAUGUGAAUUAACAGAAACGUACGAAAAAUAACAGAAACUGAAGAUUUGAAAAGUCUUGUUUCAGUUCUUUUAAAGGAACCGAAACUGGAACCGCACAGACGUAUUUUUCUAGUGGUACGCCCAUUUCCCACACAAACUCAUUCCUUCAAUGUUCCGUUCUCAUCUUGUCAUUUCUACUCUUAUGACCCAGAUGUCAAGACCAGACCUUAAGGCUAAAUCUCACAGACCAUGAAGAUAUGUAUUCAUUUUCUCGUCAUUGCCAUUAUUUAUGGUAUCUUUCUGAAAUUCAACAUUAUGCCUCCUUGCAUUUGUUUUUCAGUCUCAAAUAUUUUCAACAGAUAUUCAGUGUGUGUUGUAUAAUGGGUGUAAAAAGUUGCACAAGUCUUCACACUCAAUUGAAACUACGUAUUUUUUUACACCCAUUGUAUUACACUUAGUAAAUACAUGUUGAAAAUAUUUGUGACAGAAUAAAAAAUGCAAGAGGGGUAUCAUUUUCAAAUUUCAGACAUAGCCUUUGUAUAAUAGUAAUGUUGAAAAAAUGAAAAAUGAUCAAAAUGGCAUGUGAGCGCACUCACUCAUUCGUUCCACUCAUACAUAUGCACUAUGGUAACAUUUCUUUUGUGCAAGUGCAGCCUGAAAUUACAAUAGUAAAGUUUUAAUGGAUUGAAUUUUUAAUAGUGAGAAACUUGUGACAUGAAAUAAUCAAAUAAUAUUAUAGCAGGGGAUGGAGUUAUGCUAACUAAUUUGCACAAUAAACAGGUAUUUUGUUUGUUCAUAUCUAAUUUAUAAUCCUGUUUUUCAUUUUGCAUAGGCAUUUCAAGUAUUUUGUGAUUAAAUAUUAAUUAAUCAUUAUUCAUUUUGGUUUAAAAAGAGAGAGACAGUAUCCCAUUGCUGACUUGAAGUGAUAUUCUUUGUGUAUCUAAGAAAUGUGCAGCUGAAAAACCCCUUACAUAGGCGAAUGACUGCGCAGCAAUAGCCCACAAGGUUUGCUGGGUGCUUUUCAGCCGGCCAAUCGGGACUAACCAGGAUGUGGUGCGACGUGAAUUUCCAGACUUGCAGAGAAUAAUUUUCAGCAACACACAUCAACCAAAUGUGGUUAUACAUCUGGUUCUGUUUUGUGAUUGGCCAGGGUAACCACAGGGUUGCCUCCCUUUUGUUUCUAACUUUGUAAAGGAAGGUAACUGCGUGGUACAGGCCAGUUGCCACUCGAUUGCCAUCGCGUGCAAUUGUGUCGUCGGCAGCUCAUGAACAUAUCAUGACAAGUACGUGAAGUGACAAUGUGAUGCCUGCUGGUCAGAGCCAGGCAGGGUUUAAAUUUUUUUUCUUUGAAGUGACGUCUAAUAAAUCGAUGAGCCGGCUGCACGCAUGAAAGUGUCCCGUUAUGCUUAUUGUACGCUUGCACCGCAUCUAUCUCUCUUCCACUUGAUUGGAACAACCAUUGAUUUGACUUUUUCGAGGCACAUUAAACUUGAAACACUCCCAUUCGUUUCCUACUUUUCCUAUCAUAGUCCUAUCCUUAACAGAAUAACACAGAUUGGAAGAAGAUAAACAGCAAAAAUGUAUAAAAGUUAUAGUUAAAAUAAUCUCUUCGUUAAAGUAAUAAACAUAUUUGAAUUAAUGAGUGCAAAUAAAAGUAAAUUUCUCAAUUAAAUUGU